ACAGCUGUUUGCCAAUCGCCUCUUCGCAGCACUGACUUAGUUCAAGUAAUAGUGCUGAUCAGCUUAGGUGUUUCUGCUGAGAACAUAUAAAAUGUGGGCAUAGCGUUUUGUUAGUUGGAAGCAAAAUUCGCCAACACUAAAAUCUUAUCGAUUAAUUGGUUCGAUUGAAUUAUAAAUCUCUGUCAAAUCGAAAUAAGGACUUCUAGCCGGCUUUCGAGCAGCACGAAAGAGGAUUUUAGAAAUAUUCUCAAAAUGACUGCAUUCGAAGAGUUUGGUGUGCUUCCGGAGCUGGGCAAGGCAACAGACGAAUUGGACUGGACAUUACCAACCGAUGUCCAGGCGGAGGCGAUUCCUCUGAUCUUGGGUGGCGGCGAUGUGCUAAUGGCCGCCGAAACCGGGUCAGGAAAAACGGGUGCCUUCUGCUUGCCCAUUCUGCAAAUAGUUUGGGAGACGCUGCGGGACCUAGAAGAGGGAAAGGCAAGUAAGGGCGGCACAGGUGGAGGAUCGGUAUCGCCCUGGACCAUGUCUUUCUUCGAUCGCGGCAACGCAUUAGCCGUAACUCCCGAUGGUUUGCGUUGCCAGUCGCGAGAGUUUAAGGAGUGGCAUGGAUGUCGCGCUACCACCGGUGUCCGGGGUAAGGGAAAGUUCUACUUUGAGGCCAUGGUUACCGACGAGGGUCUGUGUCGCGUGGGCUGGUCCACACAUCAGGCGAACCUUGAUCUGGGCACAUGCCGUAUGGGCUUCGGAUUCGGUGGAACCGGGAAGAAGUCUAACAACCGUCAGUUCGAAGACUACGGCGAAGCCUUCGGCAAGGCGGAUGUCAUCGGUUGCCUGCUCGACAUGCAGCGCUUGGAGGUGAGCUUUUCCAAGAAUGGCCAGAAUCUUGGUGUGGCCUUUCGGUUGCCGGAUAACCUCGCCAAAGAAACUUUCUACCCAGCGGUGGUACUUAAAAAUGCAGAAAUGCAAUUCAAUUUCGGAAAGACUGACUUUAAGUACGCUCCGGGCAAUGGAUUCGUCGGUGCCUGCCAUGCUGGAGCGGAUCGCACCAAUACCAAUCCACUGGCAAGUCCCGCAGGUGGAGCCGCUUCCGCCAAGCCGGCGCCGAAUGCUCCUCAGGCCAUCAUCAUCGAGCCCAGCAGGGAGUUGGCCGAGCAGACCUACAACCAGAUCGAGAAGUUUAAGUACCACCUAAGCAACCCCGAGGUUCGCUCCCUGCUUCUCAUCGGCGGAGUGAGACUGGAGGAGCAAAAAGCGCAGCUAAUGCAGGGUACCCAUAUUGUGGUGGGCACACCCGGAAGACUGGAGGAGAUGAUCAACAGCGGUCUGGUUCUGCUCACUCACUGCCGCUUCUUCGUGCUGGACGAGGCCGACGCCUUGCUUAAGCAGGGUUACACCGAACUGAUUGAUCGUUUACACAAGCAGAUACCGAAGAUAACGUCGGACGGCCGCCGACUGCAGAUGGUUGUCUGCUCGGCUACGUUGCAUGCAUUCGAGGUAAAGAAGAUGGCCGAACGGCUGAUGCACUUUCCAACUUGGGUAGAUCUGAAGGGAGAAGAUGCCGUGCCCGAGACGGUACACCACGUCGUAUGCCUAGUUGACCCGCAGGCUGACACCAGUUGGCAGUCACUCCGUCAGCCCAUUAAUACCGACGGCGUCCACGACCGCGACAACAUCCACCCGGGCAAUCCCUCUGAGGAGACGCUGUCGCAAGCUGUCAAGAUACUCAAAGGCGAAUACUGUAUCCACGCUAUUGAUAAGCACAAGAUGGACCGAGCCAUUAUCUUCUGUCGCACCAAGCAAGACUGUGACAACCUAGAGAGGUACCUCCGUCAACGUGGAGGACAACGCUACUCAUGCGUCUGCCUGCACGGCGACCGAAAACCGCAGGAGCGCAAACAGAAUCUGGAGAUGUUUAAGAAGCAGCAGGUCAAGUUUCUGAUUUGCACGGAUGUGGCCGCACGCGGCCUAGAUAUUACCGGACUGCCGUUCAUGAUCAAUGUGACGCUGCCCGACGACAAGACAAACUACGUGCACCGCAUAGGACGUGUAGGCAGGGCGGAACGCAUGGGCCUAGCCAUUAGCCUGGUGUCUACAGUGCCGGAAAAGGUAUGGUACCACGGCGAGUGGUGCAAGUCGCGCGGCCGCAACUGCAACAACACCAACCUGACCGACGUCCGAGGAUGCUGUAUCUGGUACAACGAGCCCAACCUAUUGGCCGAAGUUGAGGAUCACCUAAACAUCACCAUCCAGCAAGUAGAUCGUGCAAUGGAAGUUCCUGUUAACGACUUUGACGGUAAAGUCGUAUACGGUCAGAAGAACUUCAACACUGGCAGCGGAUAUGAGGACCACGUUGAGCAGUUGGUGCCCACCGUUCGAAAACUGACCGACCUGGAGUUGCAAUCACAAUCUUUAUUUUUGAAACGCCUUAAGGUCUAGAACGAAUCUGGAGCGGUAUCCGUUUGCCAAGCAAGGAUAGGGUGUGUGAAGUGAGGGCUGCAUAACCAUCUCACGCGGGAAUACUUUUGCGGCACAUACACACAUAAAUAUUAGGAAAUCGGAGCUGUAGCUCUGCCAUUACGAGUAAACAUUCAAUUAAACUAACAUUAAAAUCUUC